UCGUGAACGUCUGAAUUCGGUGAUUUCCGAGUUCCCAGUUGUUUAUGAACGCAGCAUGUGACGUCACCAGCACGAAGCGUCCAACUUGCGAACUACACGAGUUGGCAACACUCAAAAUGUGUCACUUUUUUUUGUAAAGCGACACGCUUUUUAAAUGUUUUCUGUUGAAGUGUGUUUUUUUCCCCCUCCCAGUUUAAAGAAGAAUUGGCUCUUUUUUUGUUGUUGUUGACGAAGACGUGUCGCGUUCAAAGCCACAGUGACUUUUCGUCAGUUUUCAGAAUUUCAACUUGGUGCUGUUGUCUGUAACAUCCAGGUGAGCUCACCUGUGGCUGUGGGAGGACAUCACUUACCUGACCCAUCAGACUCACCUGCAGGACAGACAGAACCACGCCCCCAGAGCAGACACAACUCACCUGCAGGACAGACAGAACCACGCCCCAGAGCAGAUACAACUCACCUGGACAGACAGAACCACGCCCCAGAGCAGAUACAACUCACCUGGACAGACAGAACCACGCCCCAGAGCAGACACAACUCACCUGGACAGACAGAACCACGCCCCAGAGCAGAUACAACUCACCUGGACAGACAGAACCACGCCCCAGAGCAGAUACAACUCACCUGGACAGACAGAACCACGCCCCAGAGCAGACACAACUCACCUGGACAGACAGAACCACGCCCCAGAGCAGAUACAACUCACCUGGACAGACAGAACCACGCCCCAGAGCAGAUACAACUCACCUGGACAGACAGAACCACGCCCCAGAGCAGAUACAACUCACCUGCAGGACAGACAGAACCACGCCCCAGAGCAGAUACAACUCACCUGCAGGACAGACAGAACCACGCCCCAGAGCAGACACAGCUCACCUGGACAGAAGACCCAGCUCACCUGGACAGAAGACCCAACUCACCUGGACAGAAGACCCAGCCCACCUGCAGUCCUGAAGGUAUCCCAGAGUUCCACCAGGUCCAGUCCAGCCUCCUAGUCGAGCCUCUCUCUGUCCCCCUGCUUCCUGCUGUUCUGUAGUUGGCGCUGCUGUCAUUAUGGACUGUUAGCAGAUCUACAUUUACUACACACCAAGUGAGCUGUUACUAUAGUAACCACCAGCCAUGGGGAAGCAGAACAGCAAACUCCGCCCGGAGGUGAUGCAGGAUCUGCUGGAGAGCACGGACUUCACAGAGCACGAGAUCCAGGAGUGGUAUAAGGGCUUCCUGAGAGACUGCCCCAGCGGGAACCUCUCCAUGGAAGAGUUCAAGAAGAUCUACGGUAACUUCUUCCCUUACGGAGACGCCUCCAAGUUCGCGGAGCACGUCUUCCGCACCUUCGACGCCAACGGGGACGGGACGAUAGACUUCCGGGAGUUCAUCAUCGCUCUGAGCGUCACGUCGCGGGGCAAACUGGAGCAGAAAUUAAAGUGGGCCUUCAGCAUGUACGACCUGGACGGGAAUGGAUAUAUCAGCAAGUCUGAGAUGCUGGAGAUCGUACAGGCGAUCUAUAAGAUGGUGUCGUCUGUGAUGAAGAUGCCAGAAGAUGAGUCUACUCCAGAGAAGAGAACAGAGAAGAUCUUCAAACAGAUGGACACCAACAGAGACGGUAAACUGUCUCUGGAAGAGUUCAUUAAAGGAGCUAAAAGUGACCCCUCCAUCGUACGUCUGUUACAGUGUGAUCCCAGCAGCGCUGGACAGUUCUAAACCGAUCCUACCUUGGGGGUCAAGACAAUUUUGGGUGAAUCCAAAUAGCCCCUCCCCCCCCCUCCACCUUUGGAGCAAACUGAUGAAGAAGACAAGCCACGCCUUCAAAUGAUGACACUGAAGACAACGGGCCAAUGAGAGCCAGCCAUGUUCUCCUGACUCCUCCUCUGACCACUCCCAGCAGCAACGUGACAUCAUCCCCAGGCUCUCAUGAUGUCAUCCAGUCCACUCGCCAUGUAUUUGAUAAGUCCUAGGGGCCCGCGUCCCAAAUCACACCCCUAUUCUCUGUAUUAAGCAGUACUUUUAAGCCCUGUAGGCCCUGGUCUGCAGUAGUGCACUACAUGGGGAAUAGGAUGCUGUUUUAAAACUGUAAACUGGGCUCUCUGUUUGGUUGGUUGUCGGUGUUCUCAACGCUCCGUACUGGACACACCCACUGCCCUCAACUAGGUCCUCCUAGUUCUGGUGUCUAUCAGUAAACAGUUUGAGAGAGAGGGAAUAGAGAGAGAGAGAGAGAGAGAGGUGAAUGAGAGAGAGAGAGAGAGAGAGGGGAAUGAGAGAGAGGGG